CUUAAAGUGAACUCUGUGAGGGUAAAGUUUGAUAAGGUGCAAAAGAGGUCAGAACUCCCCAACAACACUUCUGGAGAAUGCCUGGCUUCUGUCCCCAGUCUUGUUUACUGUAGUUAUUUCAGUCGAGCUGUAGACAGUGAACAUCCUCCAAUAAUACGUCAUCGCUAACGACAGCCAGUGGCGUUCCAUAUGAAGUAUGGGGUGGAGAAGAAGAUGCACAGCAAAAGGUGAUCAUGCUCAGAAGUUACCCCUGCUGCUAGAGUUACCUCCGAGGUCACUGACUUUCUCAGCAGCAUCCCAGUCAAGGAAAACAAAAUUCUAAAAUGGCAUCGGGAGGCAGUGUGAAGCCAUUUGUCCACUUCAAUGCGAAGCAGGAUGCAGAGUUGCUCUACAAGGCAAUGAAAGGACUUGGAACGGAUGAAGACACCAUCCUUAUGCUCCUGACUUCGCGGUCCAAUGACCAGAGGCAGCAAAUCAAGGCGGCAUACAAGAAAUCCCAUGGCAAGGACCUUGUUAAAGAUUUAAAGUCUGAGCUGGGUGGAAAGUUGGAGGAUCUCCUCCUUGCUUUAAUGGCCCCUCCAGCUUCCUACGAUGCUAAUGAGCUACACAAAGCCAUAAAGGGAACAGGAACGGAGGAUGACGUCCUGAUUGAGAUUCUGGCCUCCAGAGCACCAGAGGAGAUAAUAAACAUCAUCAAGGCAUACAAAAAAGACCACGGCGCCAAGCUGGAGAAGGACAUCAUGGGAGACACGUCAGGCCACUACCAAAGGAUGCUUGUGAUUCUCCUCCAGGCGAACAGGGAGGAAGGAGUGGAUGAGUUGGCAGUGGAGAAGGAUGCAAAGGAUCUGUACUCGGCAGGAGAGGAGAAGUUUGGCACGGACGAGGACAAGUUUAUCAAUAUCCUCGGCAACCGGAGUGUCGAGCACCUGCGUAAAGUGUUUGAAGCCUACAGAAAAGUGGCUGGGUGUGAUCUUGAGGAAAGCAUCAAGGAAGAGUGUACAGGGAACCUAGAGAAGGUGUUGCUGGCUGUGGUGAAAUGUAUCAAAAGUGUUCCUGCCUACCUUGCUGAAUGCGUCCAUGACAGUAUGAGUCGUGCGGGCACGGAUGACGGGACUCUGAUCCGGAUCAUGGUGUCCAGGAGUGAAGUGGACAUGCUGGACAUCCGAGCCCACUUCAAGCGCAUGUAUCGCCAGUCACUUUACACCACCAUACAGGAGGACACAGCAGGGGACUACCAGAAGGCGUUGCUCUACCUGUGUGGAGGAAAUGACUGAUGAAAUGACUUGCCUUUGGGUUUACGUUUGGUCAGUUUGAAGAGAUUCAUUCUGAGCUCACUUUCUGUCUGUCAUUCCAAGUCUUCAAAUACCUCAAAUAUCUUUUAUUGUUUGGUUGCUCUCAGGUGACAGUUGAGUAUUUCAUAAGAAUUUUGAAUUGAGAAAUAAGUGCUUUCUUGGAUGCCUUCCUGUUUGGCUAUGUAUCAUAACAUGAAUGUAUAAUAGUGCAUAUUCAAUUUCCAACAAGUAUUCAAUCGGUUACAGUGAAAUGAUAGCACGUUGUGUUGCAAUCCUGAGUAAACAAAAGCCUUUAACAACUGUGUAUGUAUCAUAUUCUUAUUAUAAGUAUUGAAUAACUAUAUUU